AGCAAAUUAUCGUUCUGGAAAAAUAGUGGUGUUAGAAUAACAUGGAUAGGGUUGUUGGCCAAUGUUGGGCUAGCGAUUGGUAAAGCCACUGGAGGUAUUGUUUUUCAUUCGCAAGCGUUAUUAGCAGAUGCGGUUCAUUCAAUGUCUGACUUAGUUUCAGAUAUCUUGACUUUAUCAACAGUAUCUUUUGGUUCAAAACUACCCACAGAAAUGUAUCCAUAUGGACAUGGAAAAAUCGAGACUAUAGGAUCAUUAGGAGUUUCAGCUAUUUUGUUGAGUUGUGGGAUAUCAAUUGGGUGGGCAUCCUUUCUUGACAUUGUUGGAUUAGUUUUACCUCAUAUGGUGGCUGAUUUUUUUGUGUCAUUUCAACAUUUAUUUGACAUCUUUUCCCAUUCCCAUGGCGCUGCAGAUGCUGUUAUGGGACAUGAACAUGAAAUAACCAAUAUCAAUGCAGCAUGGAUUGCAAGCACGUCUAUUAUAAUAAAAGAAAGUUUGUAUAGAGCCACAUCAAAGAUAGCAGAAGAAACCAAUUCAAAGGUGUUGUUGGCUAAUGCGUGGCAUCACAGGGUUGAUGCAUUAACUUCGGUUGUUGUACUAUCAACUAUAACAUCGGGAUAUCUUUUUAAUAUAACAUGUUUGGAUUCAAUUGGUGGAUUAUUAGUUUCGAUAUUGAUCAUCAAGGCCGGAUACCAGGGAGCCAGAAACUCGUUAUUUGAAUUGAUCGAUCAUUCAAUUGAUUCCAAGGAUAUAAGGUAUGUGAACAUUGAAGACAAUUUGAAAGAGAUUUUAGAUAAAUUGUUAAGUAAUAACAAUUCAAGAAAGCCUUAUAAGAUUAGUAGAUUGAAUAUAAUUGGAAGCGGGUCUAAUUUGAUCAUUACAGAUUUAAAAUUGGUUGUGCCCAAACAAAAAUGGGAUAAUGUGUUAGACAUUAAAGAGUUUGAAAAUGUAUCUAAAGUAGUUAAGACGAAAUUGAUUGAAAAGAAUCCCCAUAUCAAGAAAAUUUCAAUUGAGUUUAUUGAAGAAGAAGAAGUAGAAGAAGUAGAAAAAGAAGAAGUAGAAGAAGUAGAAAAAGAAGAAGGAGAAGAAAGAGAAGAAGCAAAAACAGCCAAAAAGAUAGAAUAA